AUGAGAGCUGUCUUCAUCCAAGGUGCUGAAGAGCACCCUGCGGCAUUCUGCUACCAGGUGAAUGGGUCUUGCCCCAGGACAGUACAUACUCUGGGCAUCCAGUUGGUCAUCUACCUGGCCUGUGCAGCAGGCAUGCUGAUUAUCGUGCUAGGGAAUUUAUUUGUGGCAUUUGCUGUGUCCUACUUCAAAGCGCUUCACACGCCCACCAACUUCUUGCUGCUCUCCCUGGCCCUGGCUGACAUGUUUCUGGGUCUGCUGGUGCUGCCCCUCAGCACCAUUCGCUCAGUGGAGAGCUGCUGGUUCUUCGGGGACUUCCUCUGCCGCCUGCACACCUACCUGGACCCCCUCUUCUGCCUCACCUCCAUCUUCCAUCUCUGUUUCAUUUCCAUUGACCGCCACUGUGCCAUCUGUGACCCCCUGCUCUAUCCCUCCAAGUUCACAGUGAGGGUGGCUCUCAGGUACAUCCUGGCAGGAUGGGGGGUGCCCGCAGCAUACACUUCCUUAUUCCUCUACACAGAUGUGGUAGAGACAAGGCUCAGCCAGUGGCUGGAAGAGAUGCCUUGUGUGGGCAGUUGCCAGCUGCUGCUCAAUAAAUUUUGGGGCUGGUUAAACUUCCCUUUGUUCUUUGUCCCCUGCCUCAUUAUGAUCAGCUUGUAUGUGAAGAUCUUUGUGGUUGCUACCAGACAGGCUCAGCAGAUUACCACAUUGAGCAAAAACCUGGCUGGGGCUGCCAAGCAUGACAGAAAAGCUGCCAAGACCCUGGGCAUUGCUGUGGGCAUAUACCUCUUGUGCUGGCUGCCCUUCACCAUAGACACGAUGGUCGACAGCCUCCUUCACUUUAUCACACCCCCACUUGUCUUUGACAUCUUUAUCUGGUUUGCUUACUUCAACUCAGCCUGCAAUCCCAUCAUCUAUGUCUUUUCCUACCAGUGGUUUCGGAAGGCACUGAAACUGACGCUGAGCCAGAAGGUCUUCUCACCGCAGACACGCACUGUUGAUUUGUACCAAGAAUGA